CGUCAUUCUACCUUUAAGGACGGGAAAGCGUUUGCGUCAUUUUUCUAAUAUAUUCGGUUUUUCGGCCCAAAGUGUCGGCCUCUGGGCCAAUGAAAUGCCUCAGAAUAGACAUAUAUAACUGUCAACUUGUUCCUCGUGAGUUUAGUUCAGAAAUGUAUUCAAGCUAUGGCGGAAUUUGAAGACUUUUCUGACGGUAGCGAUUUCGAGGAGUUUCUCGGCUUCGAAGAUGUUGAUGAGGCCGAGUACUCUGAUGACGAAUACGAACCGAUUGAUCGGGAAUUAUGGUUACAGCACAUGUUCGUGAAUGACGACGACGAGGAAGAAGAAGAUGAUUUAGGGGAGUUUGAGGGUUUCCAGACCAACUGGAAGACGGACAACUUCCAUCGAAAUCCACGGAGUGCCUUCAACAGGACACCAGGGGUGAAGCUCGAUUUGCCUCAAGAUGCCACACCGCUCCAGGCAUUUGAGAAGAUUUUUAAGGAGGAACUUUGGACACAUCUCGUCACAGAGACAAACAGAUAUAGAGACCAGGUCGAACAAACACCGACCAGAGCGAAGACGGCAAGGUGGUCUCCGGUAACUGUGCCGGAGAUGAAGACCUUUAUUGGUAUCUGUAUGGGAAUGGGGCUGCUUGUGUUGCCGGUGCGAAGAGAUUACUGGCGACAGAGUAAGAAUCUCUUUCGGACGCAAUUCGCCAGAAAUAUGUCCCGGGACAGAUUUGCGGCCAUCUGGAGGUAUCUACACCUCCAGGACAACCAGGCAGCAGUCAACAGAGAUGACAAGAUGUGGAAAAUGCGCUGGUUCCUAGAUUACCUCCUGGUUCAAUUCCAGGCACUUUAUGAGGUGGAUGGCAACGUGUCUGUGGAUGAGAGCAUGAUUAAAUUCAAAGGGCGUCUCUCCUUCAGGCAGUACCUCCCCAUGAAGCCUACAAAGUGGGGUAUCAAGGUGUGGGUAAUGGCUGAGAGCGCCACUGGAUAUGUGACCAACUUCCAGGUCUAUGCUGGUCGUGAAGGGUCAGGAGAGAAGGGCCUGGCACAUCGUGUGGUUAUGGAUUUAGCCAGACCAUAUUACGGCUCUCACCUGUCCAUCUACAUGGACAAUUUUUACACCGGGGUAGGUCUCUUGGAGGAGAUGAGGACCCAUGGCCUGUAUGCUUGUGGCACUGUUCGUGCCAACCGGAAGGGACUCCCAAAGAGUGAGCUGCUUCGAAAGAAAGCCUCACUCAAUAAGCACGAAUACAGGGUCGCUCAGAUGGACGACCUCACAUUUUGUAUUUGGCAAGACACAAAGACGGUCAUGGUGUUGUCCAACCACCAUGACCCAACUGAGACGGGGACCGUAAACAGGAGAAAGGAUGGAGCCAACCGCGUCCCGGUGGUAGUGCCAGCUUGCCUAGCAGACUACCAAAAGUACAUGAAAGGUUUGUUUGACUUUUGUUGCUCUUUUGAGUGCAAAUGUGUGAGUGUCAUGUGUGAGUGUCAUGUGUGUCAACUGAGUGUCGUGUGUGUUCCAGGCGUCGAUCUGCUGGAUCAGAUGGUUGGCUACUACGGGUUCCAACAUAGAUCGAAGAAGUGGUGGAGGAGGGUCUUCUUCUUUCUCCUGUCCGUGUCCUGCCACAAUGCCUACAUAGCUGCGAGGUCUGUUGGAGGAACAGCCUUCAGAACCAGAUACAAAGGAUUCAAGAACUGGAUGGAGGACCUGGCAGAGCAGCUCAUCUCACCACUGAGAACAAGGGCUGUUCCUGUGACUCCUCCUCCUUUUCAUCCUCCUCCUGCUUCUCCAUCUUCUCCUUUUUCUCCUCCUCCUGCUUCUCCAUCUUCUCCUUCCUCUCCAAUUGCUGGACUAUCAGGAAGAAGAUUCUUCUCUCCUUCUCCAUCUCCUCCUGUUUCCCCAUCUCCAUCUGCAGGAAGAAGAUUCUUCCCUCCUUCUCCAUCCCCUCCUCCGCCUUCAUCUCCAUCUCCAGCUGGAGGAGACACACCUACUCCACAGCAUGACUUUGGUAAAAUUUAUGAUAAAAGAAAACAGUGCAGGGAGUGUCAGCUUGUCCCUGACGAUGAAAAGGAAGGUGGGCCAACUGUUUACGGUUGCAAACAGUGCAACCUGCCACUGCACAUGGAAUGCUUUGGCAAGCACUACCGCCGGUACCUGUGAGGCAGACUGUUUACAGUUUUAGUCCCAGUCUGUUCCCCUUCCCAUGUUUGUUAUUAUAUACUUUAUUACUUUCUUAUAUACUUAUUUCACUUUUUUAUACUUUAUUUUUUUUUCUGUUUUGUGCUGUUCCUGCACUUUUACAUAUGUUUUUGUUGUUAUUAUAUAUAUGUUACAUAUGUUAUUUACUUUUCUACCUGUAUGUAAAUAUUGUAAAUAUUUGUAAGUAAAAACUCAAUUUUCCCAUGAAAGCCACAGGUGUCAGCUCUCAAAUACUUUUUGAAUUGUGUUCCUAUCUGUUACAGGGGCUGAGAAAUCAGUAAUUUAGUAGGCGUUGACACAAUUGCUGAAUUUCUAGAAAAAAUUCAGGUUUUGGGGGCUUUUCUGAAAUCGCCUAUAGGUUUUACAGGCAUUUUUUCCAGGCGAUUUAGGCCUAAAUGGGUUAACAGGCAUUCAUCCUUUGAUCAUUUGAACAGCUUCCAUGAAUAACAUACUCCGGUAACAGGCAGUUAUUUUAACAGAAUGUAGCUUACCGUAUUGGCUGCGCACAAAAGAACAGUGCGUCGCACAUAGCUUAUCCACUUUACAAGUGCAGGCGCCUAACAAAGUGCUUAACAUGUAGGCACGCAACC